GAUAUCGUGGGGGUUGACAAACAAGACGACCGUGCCGCUGCUCGACUCUUCUCCUCCGCCGUCAUCGACUACGUCUCCCGCAUCCUUCCCGACGAGCUUGGGCUUACGAUCUACCUGUUCAUCAUUGGUGAGAUCGUCGAUGCGCAGCAAAACCGCGCACUCAACCACUCAGAACGCGUCAAGAUGUUAUGGCGCGGUCGUUUCUUUUUGGACGGCUGGCGACAGUACAUACUCGAUCACCCCCUCUACGCUCUUCACACACAUUUCCUCUCUCGCGAGCUCUAUGAUAUCCUCUCCAUAUUCAUCAACGCCAUGCUACUCCUCAUCGUCACUCACCGGGACUACUUCCCCGACGUCCCACUGCUCCACUGGCUCAACUCGACGGAGACAUGUGAACAUUUCUUCGGAUGCGCGCGGAAGAUCCAGAAGGACUUCAACUUCGUCGAGUGGCUCCUCAUGAUUCCGAAGAUCUCCAUACUCAUGGCGGGCGAGCUCCGGAACAAGUUGAAGGGCUCACAAGAGAAGGCCGCGGCAGUUCGUUUCGGCUACCACCACUCAUACUUCGACUCUCGUGGCGUGGAUCUCGCUAACCUGGCGUUGUUCCCGUCAGACGACGAGAUCGAGAAGCUGAUCCAAGUCGCACAUACUGAGGCCCAGUCCCUCCUCGCAAUCGUCGGGAUCAACAUGCAAGCACUC